UGCUCAAAUGAUAUCACAUCAAAUUUGACGUUAUCGGUUUUUUGGACUCUAUAUUUUGAGUUUUGACAGCAGUUUGAAGUUUCACUCGUCAAAAUUCAUAAUUUCUAAAUAGGGCUAAGAAAUGUCCUUAGCCAAAAUAUUUUCGGUAUCUACGCGAGUGCGCGCUUGCGGUGCGCUGAGCCGCGCGUACAGCGCGCCGGCGGGCAAGGCGGGCGAGUACCCGCUGCAGGAGAAGGGCUACAUGUACGUUAACCCCGACCCGCAGGACAUGUCGUUCAAGGUGCUGUCCGACAAAGCUGCACAGACCAUGUUCUGGACGGAGCUGGCGAGGGGAUUCGCAGUCACCUUGGCUCAUAUAUUUAAGGAACCAGCAACCAUCAACUACCCAUUUGAGAAGGGGCCUCUGUCCCCCCGGUUCAGAGGCGAGCAUGCGCUGCGCCGCUACCCGUCCGGCGAAGAGCGCUGCAUUGCCUGCAAGCUGUGCGAAGCUAUCUGUCCUGCUCAGGCGAUCACCAUCGAGGCGGAGGAGCGCGCGGACGGAUCGCGGCGCACGACAAGAUAUGACAUCGACAUGACCAAGUGCAUCUACUGUGGCUUCUGCCAGGAGGCGUGUCCGGUGGACGCCAUCGUGGAGGGGCCCAACUUCGAGUUCUCGACGGAGACGCACGAGGAGCUGCUCUACAACAAGGAGAAGCUGCUGCUCAACGGUGACCGCUGGGAGAGCGAGAUCGCCACCAACAUCCGCGCCGACCAUCUCUACCGCUAACCUCAGCGGAGUCUUACUCUAGUAGCUUUAUGGUCUGUUUUGCACUGAGCUCGGAGAUCCUCAGAGGAUAUUCUUCCCUUUCCGACGAGUGAACCUAUUACCUGGCAUUUAGAUUAAUGUUCUAUCGGAGGAACGGUUCCUACACUAGUGGCUCUGUCAGCUGUAGACCUUGCGUAACUUAAAACUCAAUAAAUUAUUCAAAAACUCAAUCGACAAAAAAAAUAUAUAUUUAAUCAUCGAUCCUGCUCAGAAAAUUUCACGUGAAUCGGUUGAGAAUUGCGACCUGUAGAGGAGCAUAAUAUAUCCAGAAAUAAGAAAGCAUUUUUGCCUAAGCUAAAACGGAGACCUUCGCUAAUGCUCAGUCGGUAAUAUAUAUGGUGGUGAUAUCAGUCUUUCUCGUAUUAAAAAAAUGUUUAAUUUCCUCUGACCUGUGAUUGGUCAAGAUAUCACUAGAUCUAUAACAAUUGAGCGAUGGUACCAUGGCCCGCCCUGCUAACUGUACAUUUGUGAACCUUAUGUCGAUCGCCGACAAAUUUAAUAUAUACGCUAGAUGACGCAAAUACCACGAUUUGUAUUGAAACCAAGCGUGCCAACUUUUUCAUACAAAAUUUACGCAUAAUAUAAUUUCUGUGAUAGGAAAUAAGUUCUUGCUUUUGCGUGCUCGCAGUUUUUGGACUGUUGCAGUUCAUUAUCAUGAAACGAAGCAUUUUUUAAGUUUUCACGGACGUCCAGCUGCAACGACUGACGCGCGUGGACUGUAAAGAGCGACGGUCAACCUCGACGCUCGGUCGGGGUUCGGACCCGCGAAGUAGAUGCAUUUGCGUCUUCUAUGGUAUAUUUAUUUCUGUCCUUAUGCCUUUCGUAAUAAGGUUUACCGAUGGACAGUCAGGAGUUUUUCUGUGUACUAAUAUGAAAUAUUGUGAUGGCAUGUAAAUAGUUGGGCUCAGAGCAAAAUAGCUCUUAAAUAUAGAAAUAUUAAGUUAUUCUUUUGUGAUAAUAAAUCAAUAUAUCAGUUA